UAGCAGCACCGCAACCGGCAGUCUAUUGUUGACAUUCGUUCGCUUCGGAUCGCUUCGAAACCGCGUGACCUCGCUCCUUCACAACCAUGGCCCUGCAGCUCGGAGACCAGUUUCCCAACUUUACCGCCGACACCACGACCGGCAAGAUCGACUUUCACGAGUGGGCCGGCAACUCGUGGGUGAUUCUGUUCUCCCAUCCGGCCGAUUUCACCCCGGUCUGCACGACGGAACUGUCGGCGGUGGCCCGACUGGUGCCGGAGUUCACCAAGCGAAAUGUGAAGCCAAUCGCGCUGUCCUGUGACUCGGCCGAAUCUCACCGGCAGUGGAUCGCGGACAUCAAGGACUACGGCAAGUUGGGCGAGUUCAGCUAUCCGAUCAUCGACGACGAGGACCGCACGCUGGCGGUGAAGCUGAACAUGCUGGACAAGGAUGAAAUCGGUUCCGCGGGGUUACCGUUGACGUGCCGCGCCGUGUUCGUGAUCGAUCCCAGCAAGAAGCUGCGGCUAUCGCUGCUCUAUCCGGCUACGACCGGACGGAACUUUACGGAGAUUCUGCGCGUCAUCGAUUCGCUGCAGCUGACCGACAAGAUGCGGGUGGCCACUCCGGCCGACUGGACCCCGGGACAGUGGUGCAUGGUGCAACCGAGCGUCAAGGAGGAAGAUCUGGCCAAGAUGUUCCCCGGGGGAGUGACGAAGGUGGAUUUGCCCUCGGGCAAGCAGUACCUGCGAAAAACGACGCCCUAAAUUUAGACAUUUUUGUUUGUUACCAAUUGUAUCUCUAAGUGUGAACCCGAGGUUAUCUUGCAAG